AUGCACCACCUCCUCUCCAACCCCGCGGCCCUCCUCGCCGCCACGGCCCUCCUUUCCUUCUCAGGCCAAGCAACAGCAGCAGCCAAACCUAAGAACGCCAUUCUCCUCUCCCAAGUUAAAAGUCUCACCUUAAACUCCCACUCCAAAACCACCUCCCGCCGCGUCUCCCCCAUCCCCCAACUAAAAUGUACAUCCCCGCCCAAACUCUGCUCCCUCCCCGAAGCCUCCUCCAUCACAACCAUGCGCUGCCUCAACACCGGCUCUUCUUACACAUCCGAAGACAUAGAAUGGUCUUGCACCGCCUCCCUGCCCCCCACCCUCCGCCUCGACAGGACAGAGGUUAUUUGCGAGGGGUACGAUUCCCCGGAUGACCCUUAUGUCCUAAAAGGGAGUUGCGGGGUGGAGUACACUUUACAGCUCACCGAUCAAGGCAGGCAGGAACACCCUGGUUUGUACUUCAAACCAGGUCUGUUGAUGAACGACAAGACUGAAACAGAUUGGGGGGGUGUACUCUUCGGAAUCAUUUUUGUCGGAGUGGUGGUGUGGAUUAUCUGGGGGGCCUGGAGGGGGGCGAGGGAUAAUACUGCCAAUGGGCAGAGGAGACAACCACGGACAGGAGGGGGUUACGGUUCGGGGUGGGGGGGUAACAACGAUGACGAUGACGAUCCGCCUCCUCCUUACCCUGGUUCUGGUUCAGGAACGGGGGCUAGACGCCCGAAAACAACGAGUUCGAGUUCCAGACAGCCACAACAGCAGGGACAGGGCUGGCGGCCGGGGUUUUGGACGGGGCUGGCGUCGGGGGCGGCGGGGGGGUAUAUGGCUGGGCAGAGGAGGGGGAAUAAUUCCAGUGCUUUCGGGGGGUAUAACAACAGCAAUUAUGAGGACAACUACCGCGGCGGGUCGAGCAGGUUUGGAGGUGGGGGGAGCGGUUGGGGCGGUGGUGCUGCUGGACCGUCGAGGUCGUCUGGCUCGGGGAGUUCUGGACCAAGUCAUGAAAGCACUGGGUAUGGGUCUACUUCGAGGAGAUAG